UGAAGUGGCUUCAGAUGUGUGUGUGUGUAUAUAUAUAAUGUGUACAAGUAAGCUCAGAUUCCAUAUUCAUUGAAGUAAUGGAGUGGAUAGUAGUAGCAGCAGCAAUAGUGUGCCUUUUGGUGCCAUUUAAUGAAGGAGUCAGCCAGAGGAAUGAUUCUUUCUUGCUGGUAACAUCCUCCACUGUUGAUUUCAAUAUAACUGAUGUGGCUGACAGUGUUCAAGUAGCAGUCAAUGAAGUACUAAGAGAGUCUUUACUGCAUAAUUUCAACUAUAGAGUCUUUCAGACCCAGUGCAAUGGUUCACUGAGUCCUAGUGACCUACUGAAUGAAUUGAAUAUAAAGUCAGUGGAGGCUAUUGUCCUUGGAUUUGGUUGCACUAACAGCUCACUCCUCUCUGACAGUAAAUGGAAUGAUAUCCAGCCAAUGCUACCACCCAUUGUGUCUUAUGCUUCACUUAAAAAUUGGGACGGCUUAAGAGAGUCUUUUUCUGUAGUGAGAGUUGUUCCUUCGUAUUCACAAUUGGCUCAAGCUUUAGCUAAAUUGGUCUCUCGUUUCAACUGGAAACAGGUCCUUCUCAUAACAGAGGAAAUUGCCGUAUCACUAAAAGAUUUUAGAACCGAGUUUAGCAGUGGAGGGAUCGCUGUUGACAUACAAUCAUUAAAUGGCAAUAUAUCGAGCAAUUACAAAAAUUUAGUAAUAGGAGACAAACGAGUCAUCAUACUUGACACUAAACUUUCAACGGCAAAACAAAUCAUUUGCAGCGCAUUCCACAGUAGGAAACAUUAUCCGGGAUGCGCUUGGAUUGUAAUAGAUAACUUUGUCUCAUCCAGAUGGUGGGAGGAUCAAGUAAAUGUUGAUUUGACCUGUACCAACGAGCAACUUGAGCACGUGCUAAAUUUCUCUCUCACUGUCGGCAUUCACCCCCCAGCAAAAGAAAAUUCUCUACGCUUUGCUGCAUAUGCUCAUGACGCAGUGACAGCAGUUGCACUAGCACUCAACAAAAGUGUUACAUUAGGAGAUGCAUUUAAUAUAAGCUCGUUCAGUGAUGUUUCAUUUGAAGGACAAUCUGGUUUGGUUGGGUUUACAAAGUUUGAUAGGGCAAAUGCAUCUCUUUACAUUAAUCAAAUGAGAAUUAUCAAUGAUACUUUGGUGCCUAAUGGCGUUGGAGUAUAUAGUUACAUCACAAACGAGCUGAAUGUAACAUCAUCUGACAAUGAAAUAUGGCCAUUAGGAGUGCCGUCUGAUGGAAUACCAGUCAUGGUUAUUGUUACACUCAAUAAUAUUUUAUUUUAUGUCUCAGCUGGACUGACUGUUAUUGGGGUAGUCUGGACAAUUAUUUGUUUCUUGUUUCUUGUCAUAUACAGAAAGGCUAAGAUCAUUCGUCUGACGAGUCCAAAGCUACACUACCUCAUGUUGAUUGGAAGUUUCAUUGCAUAUUCCUCGCAGGUUCUUUAUACUCUUCCAAUCACUGAUUCGAUUAUUCUUGAAGUGAUAUGUUCAGUGAGGCUUGCUUUGUUGACUGUGUUUGGUUACAAUAUUUGCCUUGCUGUUGCUACCGUUAAGUUGUGGCGGAUUUAUUAUAUCUUUGUUAAUCCUAAACCAAAUAAAAAGAUUCCAAAAGAUGGGCACUUGAUGAUUGUUAUAUUGGCAAUAACUGCUGUCGAUUUCACUGUCCUACUAAUCAUUGUGGCAUUAGAGAAUAUCUAUACAUCACCACAACUUCAGAAGAGUGAAUUUUACACAACACAAAUCAAUCAAACCACAGGUGAAGUCAAGGAGUUUUAUUUGCUGAUCUGCAACAGAGGCAACUACUUUAGGAUGAUACAGUCAUGGACCUUUAUACACAAGAUAAUAAUUCACAGUGCCUCUCUCUAUUUUUCCUUUCGUACUCGCAAGAUAAAAGUCCCAGUACUAAAUGAGUAUAAGUCAACAUCAGCCAGUGCCUAUUCUACUGCAGUGUUUAUAGUACUUACAGCAAUACUGCUCUUCCCUCUUGCCAACUAUCCAAACAUUUACGUGAUUUGCUACACUUUAUUGCUAUUUACGUUGAUUUCCAUCUUUGUCUCAUUCACAUUCAUUCCAAAGAUGAUUGCACUGUGCAAAGAUCCAAAAGGAGACAAAAUCUUUCAGGAAGAGAAAGUGGUAGAUGUUCUUAGUCCUGCAGGAACAGAAAACUUUUAAUGUUAUCUUUUAAUUUGUUGUAAAAUAUUUAAUUUUAAUUAAGAGCACUUUUAUGGUUUUAAACCCAUAUAAAUGCUGGA